AGAGAGAGAGAGAGAGAGACAGAGAGAGAGAGAGAGAGAGAGAGAGAGAGAGAGAGAGAGAGAUGGGCAUCCCCCUGCCUGGUUGUGUGUCCCUGACCCCCCUGGUCUUGACCCUGACCGUCACCCUGCUGCUGGCCCUCAGGCUGGACCACCUGCUGGAAGCUUGCAGCUGCAUCCCAGCCCACCCCCAGCAACACUUCUGCAGCGCUGAGAUCGUGAUCAGAGCAAAGAUCUCUGGGGAAAAGGUUGUGUCUCCUAGCAACAGCUCUUCUCCUUACCUGAAGAUGAUCCAAUAUGAGAUCAAACUGAUCAAGAUGUUUAAAGGCUUUGAGAAGGUGAAGGACAUCCAGUAUGUGUACACACCCAUCUUCUCCUCCCUGUGUGGAGUCCAACUAGACUCCAACAACAAGGUCCACUACCUGCUGUCAGGUAGUAUGUGGAGUGAUGGGAAGGUGUCCAUUGGACUGUGUGAUCUGGUAGAACCCUGGGACAACCUGUCCAUGUCGCAGAAGAAGAACCUCAACUACAGAUACCAGAUGGGCUGUGACUGCAAGAUUGCCACCUGCUACUCAGUGCCUUGUGCCACCACUACGGAUAAUGAGUGUCUUUGGACCGACUGGCUGCUGGUAAACAGUCUGAGUGGGGAGCAGGCCAGACAGUACGCCUGCAUCAAACGCUCCGACUCUUCCUGCAGCUGGUAUCGGAGCGGCCCGCCACCAGAGAAUGACUUAAUGGACCUGUCAGAUCCCUGAGAGGGCAGGGUUUGGGGUUAGGGAGGUGCUACUGUACUCCAGAACAGAGAGAGAAGAGGGACAGGGGGUACUGACUACACUACUGCUGUGUUCAUGUGCUACUUGGAAAUUCAUACAUGUUUGACUGGGAAACUUGAGUUGCUGAUUUUUCAUGGAAUUAUCAAUAUUACAGUUUCCAACAUCCAAAACAACGUUUAGUAGGAUUGCUCUGAGUUUCUGAUUUUCAGAGGAGCACAUGAACAGAGCACCAGACAUAGAAUAUAUCUUCCUAUUUCCUGACUAGUUCUCCAGAGUCCAGAGGCUCCUUGUAUCUCCUCCUCCCUCUGACUGAGGGCUGAGAUCUGUCCUGUCACUGUGAAUGUAUGACUACAGGACAUGCCCAGACACAACCCAGGCAGAAGAGGAGAGAUGGAGAGCGAUGUCAGCCUGGUCUGUGUACGUUCCCUCUCUAGCACUGUAAAGAACAAACUUUCCAUGCAUUCAGGUUUGUGUGUUUUCUCUAGACAUUACAGUAUGUUCGGAAGUAUUGGAAAUGCAGAAAAUAUCCCCAUGCAUUCAGUCCUUUGAGCUUGUACAAAUGUAUGAAAUCAGCACUAGACACACAAGUCUUAUAUUCAGUAUAUUGGAAAAAUUAUCCUCAUUAGACAAACACUCUAAAACUCCUGUGUCCUGUGUAAGAAUGUAUAUGUACUGUAUGAUUAUAACUUUUCCAGUGUUAACAUCAGCUAACCUAGAGUAAAGAGGUACUCUGAGUACAACAUUGACGUCCAUUUUAAUAGUUGUGUGUAUUACUUCCUUGUGGCCCACGUACUGUUGGUGUAUUGUGCCAAAAAGCUAAUCCACUCGUUUAUCAUACGCACCAGAAGAAGUCGUCAGCCUCUCCUGAGCAACAUGUUUUAUAUUUAAAGGAAUGUUUUAAUAAGUAUUUCAUUGUCUUUUUCUGUCAAUAUAUAGUUUUCUAUUUCACUGUACCAAAAACAUUGUAUAUAAAAUCCAGAUUCAGAACAUCA